AUGAUUCCUCCGACCCCUUCAACAACAAAGAAGCCAACAACAACAACAACAAUGAAAACAACCACAAGAUCAUCCUUUGAUAUCGGUUGUUUCUUUGAGAAAACCGAUGUUACACUUGCAGAUGGUUCCACUCGUCGCUUAGACUUAUUACAAGUUGGCGAUGAAGUUCUCGUUCAUCAUCCAUCCGGUCGAAUUCAACCCAGUUCAGUUCUAACAAUUUUUCGUCAUCAGCGUUCAUCCGUUCGAUUAUUGGAUAUCUAUACAACUGAUCAGCAAUAUCCACUUCGUCUUACUCCAUCACAUUCAAUUUUGACAAGAAAAUCUCACAAUAAACAAUCAUCUUUUCAUUACGAUCUCGCAUCCGAGAUUCAAAUUGGUGAUUUCGUUUUCUCGUCGACGUUUCAAUCGUUGCAAGUAACAAACAUUCAAGAAGUUCUCCUCCUCAACCAAACAAUUUCAACACCAUUAACAUUCGAAGGAAAUGUAAUCGUAAACAAUGUGAUUGCUUCAUGCUAUGCCACGUAUUCUCAUCAGUUCAUGCAUUUGUUAACAACACCGAUUCGAUAUUGGUAUCAAUUGGGAACAUUUCCUCAAUUGAAUACUUUCAUAGUGAAUGCAAUAGAGUUUUAUUCGAAGAUCAAUUGA